GCGUGGAGUGGAGUCGGGAUUAUCGCAGACACAAGUAUCAGAGCUUUUAUUGCUAUCGCGUAUGGUUGACACGUACAUGUUUCUUCUUAACGACGAUUGAUGAUACCUGAAGAAUCAGUCAGUCAAAGAAAGAAAUUACGUUAUUUGAUUGCGUUCAUUUUACCCGAGAGGAGUUCAGAAGAAACGCAACGAAUUGAGGCAUUUUCGCGACGAAUACGCGGACGAAAAAACGUCAAGCUCUCAAAAGUGAAAUCGGCGCUGGUGUUUCGAACGGUCCCUAGGUACGACAGGUGGAACAAGAUAGCACGGUCGUUUCUCCGACACCUCGUUGCAUAAUGGCUAGCAGACGAACUGGUUGCAGCUCAUUUCUAGCCUUCACUCGGGCGAAGAGAGACGGGCACUCUUCAGUAGGUCGUAUGAUAAUUUCUUCUACAAGGCCCAUUAUAGUCUACAGCUCACGGUCCAUCGAAUCAGUGCCCUAAUUGUAUUGGAUCGAGUGCGGUCCGAGUAGUUGUGGAAUUUUUGCCAGUAACGGAUGUUCGACAUUGCCGCACGCAUUGGAACUAUAUCGUAGGCGAAUUAUUAAACUAGUCGAUGAUGUCGGGAGCAACUGAAGAUGAGCCGGAAUCUCGUUGUUCAGACUUGUUUAGAUCGGAACAUCUCCAAGAAUACUUGGGACGGGUCGUUGAAACGCUGGGGAUUAGAAGUCCCAAGUUCUGCGUAACACUUGGUUCAAAAGUGGGUGACAACUACGCGGGCGUGAUUUAUCGUGUCGAAAUUGAGGGCCAGAGAAACGGAGUACCUGUCAAAAUUCAAACGAUAUUUAAAAUUCCUCCCACGAAUGAAAUCGUUCGCGAAAUAAUGCAAAUCGAACAUUUGUUCUUGCGGGAACACGAGUUCUACUCCGAAAUCGUGCCGAUAUUCAAGGAGUUCUUACAAGCUCAUCGCAAGACAUUAGCAAAUAUUCCAGAGUGCUAUUUUUCUACCAGCAUCGAUCACAAGGAGGCGAUUUGUAUGGAAGAUUUGCAGUCGAAGGGAUUCGUGAUGCGCGACCGAAUAAAGCAGCUGGAUUUCGCGCAUGCAUCUCUCGUUCUGCGUGCUCUGGGACGAUUUCACGCAGUGAGUUUUGGGCUUCGCGAUCAGAAGCAGGAACUCUUCGCAAGCAAAAUAUCCCACCAUAAGGAACCGCUUUUCAGACCGGAUGUGUUGCAGCAUCCCAGUUUUAUUGAGCGUUGCGAGAUUCUGGAGAACCUAGUUAAAAUGGCUCUCGCCGAUGAGGAUCCGCGGUACACGAAAAGAUUUACGGAGUUUCGAAAAGCUGUCACCUGCGACGACUUCGCCUGUCCAUUCACAGGAUGUAACGCCGAACCGUAUGCGGUUUUGAAUCACGGGGACUUAUGGACGAAUAAUUUGCUUUUCAAGUACGACGAGGACCACGGGGAACCACAGGACUUAUACUUUUUGGAUUUUCAAUCAGUGCGUUACGUGUCACCGGCGAUAGACAUUUCGUACGUGCUAUUCUGCAGCUGCAACCAAGAGUUGAGGAACAGAUACUUCGACGAGUUGAUAAAAAUCUACCACGAAUCGCUGUCAGCUUAUCUUUAUGAGCUUGGCUCUGAACCCCAGAAACUGUUUCCUUAUGAAGAAUUAUUGAGGCAAAUGAGAAAAUUUAGUACCAGUACUGGUAUAACAGCCAUGAUGGUUCUUCCGGCUUUCACUAGCCAAGGAGAUGACGUCAAGGCUUUCGAGGCAUUAAAUAGAGAUAUUGCGGAUUCAGAAGAUCGAAUUCAGAGAGACUAUUUCUGGCGGAACACUUUGAGAGACACUUACAAAGAUUUGAUUGACAGAAACUAUAUUUAAUGUACCAUAAGUUUACAAGACUUUUUAUGAAAAUGACAAAGACUUAGAAGUGGAUGAAGAGCUCUUCACCACUCAAUAGUACAGCCUCUUGGGAUUGUUCUGAACAGGACGAGAACGAAAAUCUAUAAAUGAAACGAUUGGUACAUUUGAAAUUCAGCUAUGAAUUUUGGGUUUCUUCGCAUUUAUUGUUUAGUUUCAUUACAGCGUUUUGAGAAGCGAUGUCUCGUAGUGUAGCAUGAUAUUCUUUUUCUAAAUCCACUGAAAUCGAGCGUGUGAAAUCCAAAGAUCAUUCCUGUUAUCAAAAUUUUUUUUAGAUUGAACACUUUUCGGUUCGAAAUCAAUUUAAACGACCGUUUUGAGACUAAUUUGACCCAAGUAUUGCAAAUCAGGCAUGUUUGCGCAAAAUAGGACCAACAGCUUCGAGAAUGCAAAAAAGUACGGAGAUAUUAAUUUCAUUAUUGACCCAAACACAGGUUGUAUGAAAUAGAAACAACACAUCUUUACACAUAUCGUAUCUUGUAAAGGUAGAUUACACCUGGGUGCAGGUCCGAACUUAAACUAUAGUGACAUACUACAAUGAUUACUAUCUUCGAUAACAUUAUUCAUGUUAUGCCGAAAGUAACAUAGAUUGCAUUUCUUCAUCAUAUAUGAGUCAAAUAUGUCAUGUGAAAUUCGAUCAUUUUUCUGCAUAGCUAUUUGUCUGUCAUUUUACAUACUAUUGAACAACUUGUUAAAGUACUGAACACUGAACCUUAUACACUUGUACAGAAUUGAAAAGAUAUUGAAUAAACUGA